AUGAUUGUUGUUCUGGGUGCGACAGGCCACGUUGGGGCGUAUGUUGCAAAGAAGCUUUUAGAGGAGGGACACAACGUCACAGUUGUUACGCGCAACGCCGAAAAAGCCCAUAAAUGGAGGGAACUCGGAGCUGAAGCCGCCGUACUUGAUAUUCACGAUGUGCAAGCCUUAAAUGCCCUCUUGCAGAAGGCAAGACGUGCGUUUUUGUUAAAUCCACCUGCAAAUCCGUCAGGUGAUACCGAUGAGGAAGAGAGGCGCUCUGUAUCAUCCAUUUUGAGUGCUUUGAAAGGAGUGAGUCUUGAGAAGAUUGUAGUUCAGUCGACGUACGGUGCACAGCCAGGGCGACACUGUGGUGAUUUAGGAGUUCUUUACGAAUUUGAAAAGGAAACACAGAAGCUAGAAAUUCCUUUAUGCGUGAUUCGAGGAGCUUAUUACAUGAGCAAUUGGUUAUCGCUCGCGGCAGGUGCUAAGGAAACAGGUGUCUUACCUAGUCUCAUCCCAAGUACCUUGAGCGUUCCUAUGGUAGCUCCUCAAGAUAUUGGCGAAUUGGCUGCGCAACUCUUAUCAAGUGAGAUUGAAAAUGUAGGAAUGUUUUACAUCGAAGGACCAUGCCACUAUUCGCCUGAUGAUGUUGCCCGUUGUUUCACCGCAUCUUUCAAUAGAUCUGUGCGCGUAGAAUAUAUACCACAGCAGGAAUGGAAUGCAUUUUAUCUCAAGAAUGGAUUUUCAAAGAAAGCCGCUGCCUCUUAUGCUAACAUGAACGCACUGUUUAUCGGUGAGACCUUCGAACGUCCUCAAAAUCCGCUCAGAGGUCUCAUAGAUCUUAGAACUUAUUUUCAAACAGAAUUAGAGCGCAUCAGUCUACUUUAA